AUGACCUUCGCUUUUGGAAGUACUUCGCAACCAGCCUUUGGCAGUCAAAACAAAAUCGCAGGUUUCGGCACCGCCUUCGGUACGACGCCCGCCACCACCGCCUCCACAGGAUUCGGCGGUUUCGGCGGCGGCUUCGGAUCCACGACGUCGGCGCCUCAACCGACGGGCUUCGGCGCUUCCUUCGGCGCCCCCGCGUCGGCGCCUCCCGCCUUCGGCGCCGCCGUCUCCUCCGCCCCUCCCGCCUUCGGAUCGACGGCCACCCCGACGUUCGGCGGCGGUUUCGGCGCCGCCCAGCCCGCCCAAACCGGCCUGUUUGGCGCCGCGACGACCACGACGUCGGCGGCGGCGCCGAGUUUGUUCGGAGGCGCCACCACCUCCACUCCGAGUUUGUUCACCGGCGGUACCUCCGGCGGCGGUCUUUUCGGAGCGUCUGGUACUACUCAAACCACUGGUUUAUUCGGUACCACUACGAGUAGCGCGCCAAGUUUGUUCGGUACUACUCAAACUCCGUCUUUGUUUUCACAGCCUGCUACCAGCUCGGCGCCUAGUCUGUUCGGGGGCGGCGGUACUGGGUCUACUGGGUUCGGUACCGGUUUGUUCGGUACUACCGCCACCACCUCGACUCCGUCUUUGUUCGGAAGUGGUUUCGGUACUACGACGGGCGGCACGGGAGGAGGAUUCGGUUCCGGAGGGUUCGGUACCGGUUUCGGGGGUUUCGGUACUCAAGCUAGUACAGCUGGGUCUCUGUUUGGAAAACCUGCGGUACCGCAAGCUGGAACGGCUUCACAACAGCAAACGUCGAAGAGCCAACAGGCGAUCGGGUCCGUGUACGCGGUGAACGUGUUCAACGACGAGCGGGACGACAUCCUCAAGAAGUGGAACAUGCUGCAGGCCUGCUGGGGCACGGGCAAGGGCUACUACAACGGCGCCCAGCCGCCCAUCGAGUACGACGCCCGCAAUCCCUUCUACCGGUUCAAAGCCAUGGGGUACAACGUGGUGCCCGAGCACGACAACUCCGACGGCAUCGUCAAGCUGGUGUUCAACAAGAAAAUGGAGGAAAUGAAGAAUCAACAGGAAGUUCUCAAGAACGGUAUCGCAGGAAUCCUGGGUAACAAGCCGAAUUUAACGAUAGAUAUUGCGCAAAUAAAGUCCCUUUCGGACAAUCAAACGGAAGUUAAAGUCACCGUUUCGGAAAAAGGAGUUACGGGCAACAGCAGGAAAAUACCCGCCUCGGACUUGGCCUCGUUUCUCAAUCAGCCAACUCAAAAGCAACAACUGAUGACCGUAGGCGUGAUUUCCAUAGCGCCUUUCGUGACGCCUUCCAAGGCGGAGUUGGAGGAGUAUUUGAAACAUCCACCGCCCGGUAUUGAUGCGCAAAUGUGGCAGGCGGCCGUGCAGGACAAUCCGAAUCCGAAAAAGUACAUACCGGUGCCCGUGAACGGGUUCUCCGAUUUGCGGUGCAGGAUGCUCCAUCAGGAGCACCAGACCGGUUUGCAUCAGGCGUUUUUGGACAAAGUCAAUAGCGACAUUACCGAAUUGAAGACGAGGCACUCGUCGUCCGUCGGGCAAAUAGCCGAAUUGAAGUCGAAGUUUUUGGAACUUCAACAUAGAAUAUUGAGGAUUCUAGUGAAGCAGGAAUGUACUAGAAAAAUAGGCAUUGCUAUCCAGCCGGAAGAGGAAUUGUUACGAGGGCGGUUCGAGUUGAUGCAUCAACAAUUAAAUAAUCCCAAACAAUUUAAGGGUCAAGUUAACGAGCUUCUGUCCAACAUUAAAAUGAUGGCUGGUUGUUACAAACAGGCCAGUCCGUCGUACCGUUUGGACGGGGAAGCGGAGGAAGAAAUCAAGAACUUGCUGAAGAUCGAACAAACCGGCAUAUCGGAAUUGAUCAAAAUCAUUCAAACCGAUUUGAAAGCUUUGAAUAUUAUCUACGAUGGUCUAAAACAAUCGUUUCCGACGAUGCAAUAA